UUAAAUAGUUGUUUUUGUUUUUGAAACACAUGGCUUACUUUUGCAAAUUAGUGAAGUAUGGUGUAAAAGAAGGUGCAAAUUUGACAUUUAUUAUUAUAAGUUUUGGAUUAUUUUAGUCAGUGUUUUCAUAUAUUAAUAUAUAGAUUGGAUUUAUUGUGAAGUGUUUGCAAUGGGUAAUAAGAGAUUAAAAAGCAAGAAAAGAUACAGUAGAUUUGGUGUAGCAGGGGGAAAAUUUGGAUUGAUGGGAAGGAGGAAAGAACGUUUUGCUAAGAAAAAGUUAGAGGAAAGUAUAAAAACUAUUAAAAGAACCAGACAACCUUUGCUUAUGUGUGUUAAGAAAAAGAAUGACCUUAAAUUAACAUUAUCCCGACUAAGUAUCCAGAAAGCAAGAAGGUAUAUUAUUAACAAGAAUUCUGAUAAUUUGAAAUUAACAUUUACUUCUACUGCUGAAUUUGAUUUUCCGGGAAAUCGCAUCAUUAAUUUAGAUGGUCUAAAAAGUCAUGUUGGUGAGAUAACAAUGCAUUCAGCACUGUGUGAAAAAGCAAGAGAUUGUGCAUUGAAAGGUGUUGAUCCUAUAUUUUUGUCUUCUGAGAAAAGAAAUGGUUUGGAAAGUAUUUUUAAGGCAACAUGUAGAGGAUGUGAUAUGGAAUUUAGUUUCAAUAAAGGUGAAAAUUUGUCAUGUAAAGGUGUGGAAGUUUCCGAUAUUAAUGUCAAAGGUGUAUGGGGUAGUAUGGUAACAGGUGGUGGAUGCUCAGAUUUGAAUGAAGUCUUAGGUACUAUGGGAAUUCCUGGCUUGAAGCCAAAUCAAUAUACCAAAAUUGAAGAGCAGAUAGGAGAGUGGUGGAGGGAAGUUUUACAGGAUGAUAUGAAAGCUGCAGGUAAUGAAGAAAGAGAACAUGCAAUACAAGAAGGAAGUUUUAAUCAAGGUGUACCAUCCAUUGCAGUUGUAUGUGAUGGUGGUUGGUGCAAGCGUUCUCAUAAACACACAUACAAUGCCAUGGCAGGUGUUGCAGUGAUCUUUGGUUUAUACUCCAAAAAACUAUUACAUAUUGGCAUUCGUAAUAAAUUAUGCUACAUUUGUAGUGCUGCUCAAAACAAAAAUGAGUCACCUCGAGCGCAUACAUGUUUUAAAAACUGGAGUGAUUCUGCACAGUCAAUGGAGAGUGAUAUUAUAUUGGAUGGUUUUCAGAAUUGUGAAAAAGUACAUGGGGUCAGAUACAUGAAAGUCAUUGCAGACGGUGAUAGCUCAGUGUAUUCAAGCAUAAUACAAAAUGUUGCUGGCUGGGGUCCAUAUGUUCAAAAAAUUGAAUGUGCGAAUCAUGCUUGCAAAUGUCUCAGGACUCACUUAGAACAGUUGGUUGUUGAUAAACCACACUAUAAAGGAAAAGGUGGUCUUACUGCACAAGUCAGGAAAAAGAUUGUCCAAGGCGUGAGAUGUGCCAUACGCAUGAGGAGUAAGGAAACAGAUAUUGCUUCAGCGAAAAAAAAACUUUGUGCUGAUAUUAAAAAUUGUGCUAGGCAUGUACUUGGUGUACAUAAGGAAUGCAGUACAGACUUUUGUAAGUUUACAAAAGCAUCAAAGGAGCAUGCGAAAAAAGAUGUUAAAUUGGUUGAUGAUGAUGACGAUGAUAAUGGUUACAAUGAUGAUGGUGAUGCUGUCAAAGAUGCAUGUGACAUGUGGUCUGAAACAGUAAAAGAUCUUUCAGAAGAGGAAGAAAAUGAUAUAAGAGAAGGUGGAUUUUCAAAAAAUGAGGUUAACCCAGAUCUUUUGAAAGAUUUAUUCCUGAUACUUAGUAGGAUGGCCUUAAAAUCAGAUCGUCUAAUAUCCAAUUUCACAAGUAAUUUAGCCGAAAGCUGGAUGAACAUCAGGUGUAAAUUUGAUGGCGGAAAGAUGACCAACCGGUGCUUCAGGGGCUCAUUUUAUGCCAGAUGCUAUGGAGGAGGACUAAGGUCAACAAGAGGACCAGCUUGGUCACCAAUGGUUUACUCUAAAGUAACAGGACUUAGGCCAGAUCAAGUUUUCAUGGAAACCUACAGACAAAGAGCAAAACAUUAUGUUAGAACUGUAAAAAGGCAACGAAAACCUGAAACUAAAUUAAAUCGCUAUAAAAGAAAAAUGAAUUUUUCUAAACAAAAUAAAAGCAAAAAAGCAAAACAAUCUUAUGGAAAAAACGUUCUUUUGGAUACUCAAGAUUUGCCUUCAGAAGAACUUGAAAAAUUGUGUGAAGAAUACUUCAUUGACAAUGUAAAAGUAACAGAAAAUGAAAUAGACAUAAUAGAAUUGGAGACAAGAGGUCAGUCCAAUAAUGAGAAAUGGAAAAGUGAAAGGAAAAAGCGUUUGACAAGUUCUGUAUUUGGAGAAGUUAUGAGCAGAAAUGUCAAUAACAACAGUGAAAUGCUAACCAAAAGACUUCUAUAUUCCAAUUUUGGAGGCAAUUCAUACACACGUAAAGGGUUAAUGGAGGAAGAAAAUACCAGAAAGGAAUACAUCAAUUUGAAAAAUAAGGACCAAUCACCAUCACAUAAAUGUCACAUAACGGUACCAGGUUUGAUAAUUAGUGAAGACUAUCCAUUUUUGGCAUCUUCUAGUGAUGGAAUUGUAAAAGAAACAGAUGGUUCCACAGGAUUGAUUGAAAUAAAGAAUAUCCUGCAAACCAAAGAUUUAAUGAUUAAAGAUGCUGCCAAAAAAGAAAAAAAAUUCUGUUUAGGAAUAAGAUCUGGAACUCUUGCUCUCAAAGUUAACCAUAAAUUCUUCUACCAAAUACAAGGACAAUUAAAUAUUUUGAGAAAAGAUUGGUGUGACCUUAUCAUAAGGCGUUCCAACCCUUAUGAUAUUUAUAUUGAAAGAAUUUACAGAGAUCAAGAUUUGUGGAUAAAUAAAAUGGUUCCAAAGUUGAAAGCAUUUUAUUGGACUCAUGUACUUCCAGAAAUAGCUGUACCAAGAUAUAGAAGUGUUUCUGGUAUAAGAAAACCAUCAAUCCCAUGGGUGUGUAACAUAUUCAUUAAUUUAUUUCAUUAUUUAAAAGAAAAUUAAUUG